AUGUCAAAUGUCAAGCUGAAGCCACUGGUGUCCCAUAUUCCUGUCGAAAUAUGGCACUCAAUUUACACUUAUCUCGACCGAGAAGGACUCUCUGAUAUCUCAUCAUGUUCCAAAUUCUUCCGACAAACGGCUGUUCAAUUGUUAUUCCGACGGGUUAGACUUACGGAGGAGGCUAUCGAAGGGUUUGGGAGGAAUGGGAGUCUUGGGUACUUGGCAGGUGGUGUUCGUGACAUCUUCUUCUCGAGUCCAAUUGCAUACGACCCCGAAAACCUAAGAAUCUUCGACAUCCCAAGCUACAUCUGCUUCAACCUCAGUAUCUUCCCAAACAUCAAAGGCGUGCAUAUCUCCUACCUAUCAAAUGAAUCAUACUACUGGAUAUUCCCCAUUGCAAUCCUAAGGGCGAUAUCGAGCUAUCCAUGGUUUAAACCCCUUCAGAGAUUAUCAAUAAAGGGAGUCGGUGUACACCCUAAUACCCGCAUGUUCCCUGAACCCCAACUAGAUCUAUUCACUCUCCCAAUAAACCCCGAUAUCAUAUAUUUUGCUACCGGGGGGCAGCAAAUCGAGCUGAUCAAAUUUGACAAAACGGUGCCUUUCCCUCCUUCCCUGAAAGAGUUAUCGAUAUACUACGUCCUCAGACCGAACUUCUCAAGAUGUUAUACCAGAUAUCAGGCUCGAGGUCUAGUGAAUCACGAUAAGUCGCCAUGUUUAAACCCGCCGAUAUUAUACCCGCAUUGGAUUAAUAACAAUACUUUAACCAAUUUAACAUUUCGAACAAAGGAUUUAGAUCUCUGGCCUGGUGCUCAACCCAUAUACCCCACGAUAAAGUAUUUACAUAUCAUAACUGAGGGUUGUAGUUGGAAGGAUCUGGGACGAAUUGCUAUUCGAAUGCCCAAUGUGGAGGAAUUUAGGUUGGAGACUGUGGUGUUUGUGGUAUUACCACAUGGUUAUAGAUUUUUAUCUGGGUUUUCGAAGUUAAAGAGGGCGAGAGUACCGUGGAGAACUGCUUUUAGAGGUGAGCUGAGCGAGGAGAAGAAGAAGAGGUACUUGGGACCGGCUGUUGAAGUGGCAGCUUUGAGAAGAGAGGUUUGUGAGUUGGUCUCUGGGGUGGUGGAGGAUGGGGGUUCGGAGAAUGUUCAGAUUGGGGGGUUGAGGGAAUUGGAAUAUGUCGAGUUUGUGAGGGGGUAUCAGAAGAUACCGUUUAAACACCACUUUGAUUUUGGGGAGAUACCGUAUGAAAACUUUGGAGAGGGGAUUUGUAGGGUUUGGAGGGAUGGGGAGAGGUGGGAUGCUAAGUUGAGGGGUGUCUGGAGGCGGUUCCCAGGAGUAUACGAGGAAGAGUGGGAGGGCUAUGGAGGGUAA